CCCUCCCAUCUGGCCUGGCCCGGACAUGCGCAGUUGGAAAACUCCCAUCUUUCUCCUGAAGAGUCAGGGAGCCAGGAGCAGCCAAGGGAGCCGGAGUGGGGGUGCCGAGGGGUGUCACGCCGAGCCCUGGGGUGCAUGCACUAGAGGGAAAUCUGCCCUCCGGCUCCCAGCUUCAUGCGGGUCGGUCUGACCCGGGGGGGAGGGGGGACUGCCCAUCGGGCCUGGGCCGCACACUGAGAGGUAGAGGGACCCCCGGAGCCCACCUCAAGAGCCGCUCUACAAACGUUUGUGGUGCUUUGCGCUGGAGGGACCAGGAGACGACUCUGCGGUCACUGGAUUUACAUGGAGAUCAUGGAGACUAAUUUUAGUGGGACAAAUGAAGAACACAAUACUUAGAUUCUACUUUUCUAGGAAAGCAGGAGAGCAGCGCUGAAGAACCUCCCUGGGAAUUAUUGCAAUAUUCUGGCUAUAGGCUACAAAACACAGAGAAAGCAGAAAGGAUGCGGCUUAUAAAGGGGUUACAGCGCAUGGAUGGACUCAUCCCUUUAACAGCUGGGGAAGCCAAUCUCCUCCUAAGAGUUUUCUGUUCCCGGUUAAAUGUGGGAUGUCUGACCACAAUGGCUUAUGAAAACAAUGACCAAUUCUUCUGACUUGUUGUGAAUAUUACUUACCAAAUGCACUUUGUGCGAUUUACACAAAUGUGUAGGAUCGGUCCUCUCAAAGUCAUGAGUACUAAUGACAUGCCGACGUCCUCUUCCUGUUGAUAUCUUGGCUGAAUCACAAUAAGAAAAUGAAUGGUGGAAAGGUAUCUGAUGGAGGACACAAUGACUGUGUCCCACUGUCAGUGCAAGUUCCAGUGGGCUGGCAACGACGAGUGGACCAAAGUGGCGUUCUCUACAUCAGCCCGAGUGGAUCCCAUCUGUCAUGUUUGGACCAGGUGAAAGCUUAUCUUCUAACAGAUGGAACCUGCAAGUGUGGCUUGGAAUGUCCACUUAUUCUGCCAAAGGUGUUUAAUUUUGACCCUGGAGCUGCCGUGAAACAAAGGACUGCAGAAGAUGUUAAAGCAGAUGAGGAUGUGACCAAGCUUUGCAUCCACAAGCGUAAGAUCAUUGCUGUGGCCACACUACACAAGAGCAUGGAGACGCCACAUCCCUCACUGGUAUUAACAAGCCCUGGGGGAGGGACAAACUCUGCUCCCGUGGUUUCCACACGCGCAGCAACCCCACGAUCCAUAAGAAAUAAAUCGCAUGAUGGCACUGUCUGUUCUGUGCUGCCAGAAUGUAAAAACCCAUAUAAAUUGAUGGUUAAAGAACAUGUGGGAGCUCAGCCGCAGGACCUUCACUCCAUGUAUCCACGGCAAAGGUUAGGUAGCAGCAAACAUGGACAGAAAUCGCCAUUUCGUGGGGGUCAUGGAGGCAUGCUAAGUCCAGCUUCAUCUGGAUCCCAGAUUUAUGGUGAUGGAUCUGUUUCUCCAAGGACUGACCCAUUGGGAAGUCCUGAUGCAUUUACAAGGAACAAUCCCAACUAUCAUGCGCCACCCAAUUCUAGUCCCAUUCAUGUAAACAGGACUCCCAUGUCUCCACAGUCCAUUAUGUUGCAUGGUUCCCUUGUGCAGCCAUCAUGUGCUAUGGCUGGAAGGACGAAUAUGCCUCUAUCUCCCACAUUUACUAGCCCAGUGUUGAAGAAAACCCUUUGCAGUUAUCCAGCCAACAUGGAUAUAUCACGUGCAAUGUAUCAUCAUAAAGCAACACAAGGUCCUCCACUCCCCCUUCCACCACCACCCCCACCACCUCCUCCUCCUCCACCACUUUGUGCUCUUCAGAAAAAGCCAUUAACAUCUUCAGAAAAAGAUCCACUUGGUAUCCUCGACCCCAUACCCAGUAAGCCAGUUCUUCAAAACCCUGUAAUGAGCACUACCACAUUUCAUCCAAAUGUUCACUCUCAGGUACCUGUGAUGAAUGUAAACAUGCCACCUGCUGUUGUUCCUUUGCCAAGCAAUCUCCCGUUGCCAACAGUCAAACCUGGUCACAUGAAUCAUGGAAAUCAUGUUCAAAGAGUUCAACACCCAGCCUCAACAUCCUUAUCACCCUCACCAGUAACUUCCCCAGUCCACACAAUAGCACCCGGUAUUGGAAGGAUCGAGGCGUCUCCCCAAAGAUCACGCUCUUCUUCCACAUCAUCUGAUCAUGGAAAUUUCAUGGUCCCUCCAUUAGGAACACAACCUCCCUGUGUUGGCCUCAAAGUCCUACCACGUUCUCCAAGACACAGCAUAGGCUCCCCAAGACCAUCCAUGCCAUCAAGCCCUUCAACUAAGCAUGAUGGACACCAUCCCUACAAAGACAUGCAUAACCCAUUGAUAGCUGGAAUGAGCAAUGUAUUAAACCCUCCAAACAACACAGUUUUUCCCCCAUCUUCGACUGUUAACACUCCUAUUAAGAGUCAGAUGGGUUUGCUGGGGAUGCCUUUAACUCAGAUCUUGAACCAGCAUAAUGCCGCCUCUUUCCCAGCAAGCAGUUUACUUUCAGCAGCAGCCAAAGCACAGCUAGCAAAUCAAAAUAAACUUGCUGGUAAUAAUAACAGUUCUGUAACUGCUGUCAGCUGUGGCAGCAACGAAGGAAAUAGCACUUUACCCACAAUGUUUCCUCCAUCCUCUAAUGUACUGCUACCACCGGCAGAGGGACAGAGUGGCCGGGCAGCUCUAAGAGAUAAGCUGAUGUCUCAGCAAAAGGACUUAAGAAAGAGAAAACAACCUGCAUCAGCCGUGAUGAAUCUACUCAAGCCACCACCCAUGGAUAAUUCGGGCCUACAAAAACCUGUAGCGGAUCUGUUGAGGAAACAAGGGCAAAAUUCAUUUCCAAUUAAUUCAAUGUCACAACUCCUCCAGAACAUGAGUUGUCAGAACUCUCACAUGAACAGCAAUAGCAGCACCGUUCCUGACUCAAACAUGAGCUUGCCUUGCUCUGCCAACCAGCUGAAUUAUGACAACAGUCUGAACUCUACUAAUCUACAUAAUUCAAUGGCACAUAAUGUACCAAUUAGGGGAGAAGGUGUCUCCUGCCAAAAUCCUAAUAGUAACUUAGUCCAUAGCAGCAAUCCAGUUUCUAACGCUCAUCUCACUGGACUCCUCAACCAGAUACAAAGCAACAGUAGCUACGGGAUGCUACCCCAUCCAGGGACCCCUUUACAUCUUGCCCCACCCCAGUCAAGAAUCCAGACACCAUCCUCCAUACCAAUGCUACCCAACAGCAUUGGUAACGGUUCUGAUUCAGGAGGUUCCUUACCUUUGUCAUCAGUAGCAAUAGCCGGAGCAGGUCAGCCAGCCAUCACAAAGACCACAUCUGUUCUCCAAGAUGGCGUAAUUGUCACCACAGCAUCUGGGACUCCAAUGCAGAACCACCUUCCAAUGGGCAAUUCUUUUCCAUUUGUGGGAUCAGAGCACGCUAGCCACUUUGCACAGAGCACUAACAACAACAGCCACCUUCCACGACCCAUCAACUCCAAUCUUUUAAACUCUCUGCCAGUGACGUUACCUCUGAAUCAGCAGCAUCUCCUGAAUCAGAAUAUUAUGCAUAUGCUGCAGCCCUCAGUUGGAGAAGGAGAUUUGUCGUCUGUAAACAAUCCCUUGAAUAACCAUCAGUUGUCUCAUCUUCAGUCAUUACUAAACAAUAAUCAGCAGCAGCAACUCCUACAUAGGUUUCCCAAUCUGCACGCUUUGAAAGGACAAGUUGUAGGGCCACCAAACAACUUCAACCCCAUGGCCUGUUUGUUUCAAAACUUUCAGGUGAGAAUGCAAGAAAACAAACAGGUCAAUGCUCAGAUGGCAGUUUCUUCAAUGCCCGAAAACCCAAACCCUGCAAUUCCUCCAUUUCCGGACAAGUCUUGUACCAUGCCGCAUAGGACAGAACAAUAUAUAAAAGAUAACAUACGGGAUGGAGACAACUCGGUAGAUGCCAUUUACAAAGCUGUGGUAGAUGCGGCCAGUAAAGGUAUGCAAGUGGUCAUUACUACGGCAGUGGCCAGCACGACGCAGAUGAGCCCUAUCCCAGCACUAAGUGCCAUGAGUGCCUUCACUGCAUCCAUCGGUGACCCAUUAAAUCUCUCAAGUACAGUGGGCACCGUCAUCCACGGUAGAAACUUGGGAAAUGCUGAUCAUGAGGUCAGAACACGAAACUCUAGAGGUACCCGGAUGAGAAAAAACUUGGAUCAGAACAAACACAUGGCUGAUGGGGACGGGUUUGAUUAUUUCAAAGCAGGAUGUAAUACACCUAAAAGACAUUGGAAUGGAGGUCAGAGUCCGGGUGAAGUAAACAGGUGGAAAUGUGAGGAAUUUUUGGAACACAACUCGCAGGUCUAUGGCAAUCCUUACCAAACGAGAUCUGGCAAUGUCUCUAUAUUGCACUCUUUUGAAGACGAGCAGUGCCAGAUUUUACUGCCACCCAGGCACUGUCCAAACGAUAAGAUGCUAGAGGAUAAUUUCACAUAUAACCAUUACAAAAGAACUAUGAUGAGUUUUAAAGAAAGGUUGGAAAGCACGAUGGAACGCUGUGCGCACAUGAAUGGAACCCGUGCCUCACAGCACAGAGGGUUCGGAGAUUUGCUCAGCAUCCCUAAACAAGAGAUCAGCAUGGAGGAACAAUCUCCCAGCUCUUCCAACAGUUUGGAAAGCUCUUUAGCAAGAGACUAUAUCCAUUAUAAUGGAGACUUUCAUGCAAAGGGUAUGAACGGUUGUGUCCCUAGUCCCUCAGACACAAAAAGUAUCAGUAGUGAGGAUGAUCUUAGGAUUCCCGACUCCCCUUCAUCAAAUGACUUAAUGCAUUAUAGGCCAAGGACGUUUAAUAUGGGAGACUUGGUCUGGGGACAAAUUAAAGGACUGGCUUCAUGGCCUGGAAAAUUAAUGAGGGACGAUCUGCACAACUCAUACUCGCAAAACUCAGAAGACGGGAAGGUGGAGAGUGAGAAGUUGAAGACGCUGACAGAGGGGUUGGAGGCUUACAGUCGUGCCCAAAAGAGAAACCGAAAAAGUGGAACACUAAAUAACCAUCUAGAAGCUGCAAUACACGAGGCAAUGAAUGAGCUGGACAAAAUUUCUGGCAAUGUGCCUCAGAGAGAGCGACAACUGAAGGCCCCGAAACCCAAGAGGAGGAAAAUCUCCAGAUAACAUUGAUAGUUCCAAGAUCAUAUAUUUGUAUAUAGGCAUUGAUAUUAAUAUAUGUAUAUCAAUAUUUCUAGAUAUCACCACCUGGUGUAAAGUGAAUAUGUGGUAAAUAUUUUUGCAUUUUAGGAAGGUGGGAGCUGGAACCCUAAAAACCAUGUGACUGAAUGGAGAUAAUCUGUUUUUCUAUAAUGCUACAAUUGUGAUUAUAAAGAUUAAUAGUCAAAUGUUUCUGAUACAUUUUCAGUGUGUAUAUAAAAAGAUCUAGAGUUUGAUGCUGAUAACCGAGAUGUAUAUAGUGUACAAUAUUGUCAUGUACAAGCUGACUUAAUGCACACUUUAUCUUUUACUGUACUAUAAUAGUGUACAAAAAUUCUUUGGUUUCUAUCAAGUUGAUGUGCAAGCGGUGUAUAGAGGUAAUAAAUAACUGCUUUUAUAUCACACUGUCAGGUGACAGCAGGGGGCGCUCCACAAUCCUGACUCCCUCCAAGAGGCCCCAUACUCCCAUUUCAGGUACCUGUAGAAGAGUGAGGUUUAAACAUAACUAUAUGAUUGCAUGUCCACUGCUUACCUAACAAACUGCAAUAAUUAGUUCUCAUUAUUCCUUUGUCAGUGUGAGGAACGUUAGUGUAGAGGUAAGUUAACCUGGGCGGCUGAUACUUUUUUUUUUUUUUUUUUUUAUAACUGUCCACAUAUUUUAUCUUGUCCUAAUACAUAUCUACUUUACUUUGUUCCCCUAGUCGCCCUUACUAGAUAUUGUGGAACAAGUUGGCCAUUGAAUGGCCUGACAUUGAUAUCGGCCUUAUCCAUAUUUAUCAUGGAACAGUUAAGGCCCAUAUAGACUGGCUGAUGCAGGAGAGAUGAGUGCUGAGCGAACCGCUCAGCACACAUCUCUCCCGCCGCUCAGCACAGCACGGUCUGUGCUGAGCGUGCGGGGGGAGACGGGGGGGGCGCUCACUUCACCCAGCGGGUGAACUGAGCGACCCGCUCUAGUUGCAGCGAUAGCGCAUCGCUAUUGCUGUAGGGGGCGUACACACGGAGCGACAAUGCUGAAAUUCUAAGCAAUCUAGUCAGAUUGCUUAGAAUAUUGCUCGGUGGGUACCCCCCUUUACUCUUAUGUUCACUACCUUCCAUGGAUUCCUGUGGCCUGCAGCCCACGUCAAUGUUGGCCCAGUUCUUACAAAAAUAGAGAGAUUUUUUUAUUCUACCAUUUUAAAUAUAUAAAUAUGUUUUAUUAUUUUUAUUUAUUAGUAAAUAGACCCAGCAUCAGCUGCCCUGUUCCUCUUCCCUGGGUGGUCUGUCUCGUCGUCGCUGUGGGGGGAGUCUGCAGUCAGAGCUACUACAAAAAACAAGCCAAUUUAAGCGAUUACAGUAAAGAAUUUUGAGCAUAAUGCAUUAGAUUCUUUUCCACAAAUAGUCCUCUGUAUAUCCCUCAUGUUCGGUUAAUUUGCACCUGUUUGCAGCCUGGCCGGCUCGUUAUAUUGUAGCAUUUCAAAAUUAUCCAUAUAUUACUAGGAUGUGCUAAGUGAUCCUCUUUGUGUAUGUUACACAACUACCGCUGUGGUAGCAGGGAACAUGACCCUGGAUUUCACUGGUAAACUUAUAUUGCUAAUUCCUAUGACACUACAAACUGUAUCGUCUCCAUAGCCUUGCCCCUGGAAGCAUGUCUCUCUGUUAUUUCAUCCCACAGUAUUAACAUGUCACAAGCUGCCGUGAUAGACUCACCAUAAGCAGUUUUUUGUUUGUUUUUUUAAUCAGUAUUAUGUAACAUAUCACAGAUUUAUUUUAUUUAAAAAAAAAAAGUAUUUAUACUGUUAACAGAUUAUAUAUUAACGUGGCUGAAACAUGCAAGUUAUUUUAUUAACCAAAUUAUUUAUGUUACGUAAAGUGAAAAUGUGAAACUGAAAAAAAAACACUACAUAUAAAUGAGCCGACAACAUUGUAUUGUAACAAAAGAUUCACUCAUACAUUGUACAUAUGUAUAUUCACUUAUGUGAAGACAUAUGUGAGUAUACAGUAUGUUUAUUUCUCCAGACCUGGUGGAUAAAAAAAAUAAAUGGUAUGAACAACACAAUUCUGUGUACCCAUUCCCCUGCACACAGUCCGCGCAGUCAUUCUGUAGUCUGUGUCCAUGAGGAUGCAGCCACUAGGGUGUUAAUGUAAUAGCCUGUGAGUUGCCUCGAGACUUCUGCCGUUUAGCCUUUAGCUUUAAAGCGGCAAUACUUUAAAUGGCAAAACAAGGUAGGUUUUGCCAUGUAAAUUACUGGCACUUUAAUCCCUUUAGUGCCAGGUUUUCAAUGUAAAAACACACCCUGGGGGGAGGGGGGUUUAAAUUGAAGUGGGAGGUGCAGGGGAAACGAGUGAUGGGGCAGGGCGAGGUAAUCACCUGCGGGGAUCGCCAGCCCCAGCGCUGAUUCCCGGCUGCCGCAAUCAGCAUAAACCAUUUUACAGCUAAGCCCGUCCCCUGGCCAAUAGGAGUCCGUGGGCCUGCUAAACUCCACAAUGGAGUAUGCUGAUUCCCGGACGCCGUGCACGCUGCACGGCUGUCCCCGGGAAAUCAGUCAGUAGUAUGGCCGGAAAUAUUCCGGGGUAGCCAGCACUGGCAGCGCUGGCAACCUCGGAAUAUUUCUGGGCAUACCACCGAAAGAGAUAAAUCUAGCCGCUAAUCACCAAAUUCUUGCAGCUGUCUACAUUUGCAGGCUGUUACAUUUACUCCUAGAUCUCCCGGGAAUUAGUGACAUAACUGAGGCGUGAAGUUUUGUCAUGUGGAUCAUAGGGUCGACAGUAACUAGGUUGACCACUAUUGGACGACAAUGACUAGGUCGACACCUGAAAUAGGUUGACAUGAGUUUACCUAGUGAGUGUCAACCUAAGUGCUGUCGUCCUAAAUCCGGAUACCAAGUUAGUCAGUAAUGUCCUAGGGAAUUAAUACUGUAGGUUGCAUUCAAAUAUACUGAAGUGAUUCAGUGAUGUCGCUAGUUCUUGGUAAAUUUACAAAAUGCAUCAAUAUUAUAUAUAUAUAUAUAUAUAUAUAUAUAUAUAUAUAUAUGUGUGUAUAUAUAUAUAUAUAUAUAUAUAUAUAUAUGUGUGUGUGUGUUUACCCCGACGCCCUGGCCUGUCCCCAUUGAGAUUGUGUGUAUUUAGUGUUACUUUUCAAUUGUUAUUGUUACUUAUUUUCUUUUUUUGUUAAUACUCUGCUUUUCUGCUGUUUUGUCCAUAAAGGUGUGUGAGUGUAUCUUCUAAGAUUUUUAUUUUUAUUGUUACAUUGUAUGAUUUGUAAACAAUCAGCCAUUUCCUCAGUGUUUUCCCACACAUUAUGUUCUGUACUGCUCACUGCUCUGUGCUUUACAUAAUUGUCACCUAUGUAAAGUAUAUGCGAUCUUCCUCUUUCAUUUGUUCCUUCUAGUGUGGAUGAUAGGAGUAGUUGUUUCAGUCCAUACUGUUGUUUUUCUCCGUUCUUUUCUGGUUUUAUGUAUGCAGUUAAUGUAAAUAUUGUGAGCAUUACACGUCAUGCAGUGUUGUGACAUUUAAAAAAAAAAAAUGUUGCACCAAUUUAAGAUUAAAACAAAAAACUGGUCACAUCUUGAAUCUCUACCUGCAGAUCCAUUUAUUUCUGUCUCCAAGUGGCACUGCCAGCCAGCAAUAAUUCUCGUCAACAAAUAAAAAUGUUUAAAUCAGACCAGAAGUUGUUAGAGACCCUUUUGCAUGUAUUAUAGGGAUCCCUCUCCUUGCUUCUGUAUAUAUAGGGAGGGCCUCUAGACUGCACACCCUAACUACAUGUAAUGAGCGGUGCUACCUUGCUGAGGCUUAUAGUGCCACACACAGAGAAAAAAAGUUGCAGGUGCACUAUUCAAACGUGUGUGGAUCAUAGGGUCGACCACACUUAAAGCGACCGUGUCUAGGUCGACCACUAUUGGUCGACAUGGUCUCUAGGUCGACACGUACAACAUCGACGUGACAAAAGGUCAACAGGGGUCUUUUCAAAAAAUGUUGGUGUCGUUUGUCCGUAGUGUGACCGGGAACCCCAAUUAGUCUACCAUGUCUUCUCGCUUCGCUCACCAUGCUUUGGGCAAGGUGCAUCGCUCCACUACCGCUGCACUCUGUACAGGUUACCGUUCCCAUUUGUAGUCCACUUGGACCGUAAAGCAUGAAAAAGUUCAAAAAAAUGAAGAAAUAAAAUGUGAAAAACUCAUGUCAACCUUCUGUCAUGUCGACCUAGAAACAAUGUUGACCUACUUACUUUCGACCAAUAGUGGUCGACCUACACAUUGUCGGCCUAAAUGUGGUCGACAUAGAGACCGGAUACCAUUCAAACAUUACUAAUUAGAAUUAUAAUACAAUUUGCAAUAUAUUUUGCAAUAAAUAGAUGUUUUUAGCAUAAUCAUGGCCAAGGUUAUGGGCUUUCCUACCACAUCCAGGUAACCUCAUCGGGAAACUAUUCUAACGGUUCAAGUCUGGGGCGUGGUACACUUGCUUCUGUGUCAGAUGUUGCAUUCCGCCAGGUAUGACUCCCGACACAUCAUCCUGGCACUCCGUUUCAGCAAUUAUUGUGAUUAUUUGCACCAAUAUUUACCACCCCAGGGUUUGAGAUGAAGUUGCAGUAUGACACUUUGUGGAGCAGGCUGCACAGAACUCUUGUUGUGUAGGCCUGACUUAUAUUUUGAACUGUCCUUUCAUCUCCGGUGUUAAGUGAUUUAAUGGUUUCCCAUCCUGACUCCAGUGUUCUAGUUUUACAAAGCAGUUGUACUCUAUCAACUAAAAACUCCUCAUUAAAGGCAUUGUCUAUCA